CUAGAACAUUUCAGAGUCUUCGAUUAAAUAAAACUACUGUGGGAAAUCUCCAUCGCCAAAUAGUAAGUUAAAUACGGAUAAAGUAAUUCAAAUAAACGAUUAGGUUUAAAUCUUACAAUGUCACCCCCAUCCUGUGAUUGACCCAUCACGGGACAAACUCGAAAACAACAAUGACUUUUGAACUUGACCUUUCCUCAGAUUUGUAACUUUUUAUCACCCAAAAAAUACGAUAUAAAAGCAGCCGAAGGAAAGGGUUGAAAAAGCAAUCAGCCUAAGUGACAAUAGGCCGAACCAUGACUAAACUUGAAGAGUAAAACAUUUACAAAAAGUUUUAGAAGAUUUUCAAAGAUGUCGGAGAAGAAACCUCUGAGCGUUGAAGCAGAGGAGGAGGAGUUUACAGACAUUAUAGGAGGACAUGGGCGAUGGCAACUUGGAAUAUACUUUUUUUGUUUCUUAUGUGCUUGGCCACAUUGUUUUCAUAAUCUUAUUAUGACAUUCUUUGCGCCGAACGUCGACCACUGGUGUGCGAGGCCGUCACAUGUAAUCGAAGCAAAUGUGUCUGUCUUCGAAUGGAAGAAUGAAGCUGUACCCAUAGUUAUGAACCGAGCUGGACUAGUGCGGAAAAGUCGAUGCACUGUAUACAAGCACCUAGUAGUUAAUGGUUCAUUGCAUGUUCCAUCAACAAUUGAUAGUGAAAUAGAAGCUUGCGAAACCUGGGAAUAUGAUGAUUCUUUUUACAAGUCCACCAUGGUCGAUGAUUGGGAUUUGGUAUGCAACCGAGAAUGGUUAAUUUCCGUUUCCAAAACUGUUUACAUGGUUGCAUUCUUAAUUGCGGCAACGACAUGUGGCCAGUUGUCAGAUCGGUUUGGACGUCGUAUAACCAUGAUCAGUUGUAUUUCCAUGUUCUUGGUGGCUGCACUUUUGACUCUCUUGGCGAAAAAUUUCAUGAUGUUUAUUGUUUUGCGCUUCUUUCUUUCCAUGGGAAUUACGUCUACAUUCACCAUAUCAUACGUAGUGCUUUCAGAAAUUGUGAGCGCUGAAUAUCGAUCCAUCUAUCUUUUCACCUUCAAGUCAGGUUGGGUGUUUGCCUAUAUGUUGAUGCCACUGAUAGCAUGGAUGGUUCCCAGCUGGUUCUGGCUUCAGUUCACUAUAACCAUGCCCUGGCUUUGCCUCUUGUCUGUUUUCUGGGUACUACCGGAAACACCACGUUGGCUUUUAACGCAUGGAAAAUUUUUGGAACUGGAAAAAAUACUAUUAAUUGCUGCUAAGAAAAAUGGAAAAGAUAUGAAUUAUGCCAAAGCUUCAAUUCAAACUUUUGUAAGGCACCAACAGAAGAUGAAAAUGGAAGAAAAAAGAGACGAAACAGUAUUUGACUUAGUGAAAACUCCUGCAUUGAGAAAAACUACUCUUAACAUCUAUUUUUGUUGGUUUAUCAUUUCGUACAUAUAUUACGCUUUGUCAUGGAACACUAAUGAUCUCGGAGGUGACCCUUACUGGACUUUUUUCAUAUGUGGAGCGGUAGAACUGCCCGCUGGAGUUAUUUUCAUGAUUUUGUGCAGGUACAUUGGUCAUAGAAUGGGUCUUAUCAUUGCAAAUGUUAGUGCUGGACUAUGCCUCCUUGCCGUAAUCUUUAUUCCACCCGAUAUGGUGUGGUUGACAAUCGCAUUUACAAUGACGGGAAAGUUCUUUAAUUCAGCAUCUUUUGAUAUUAUUUACAUAUACACUGCAGAAAUUUUCCCGACUGUCGUGAGAAAUGUAGCCGUUGGGUCUAGUUCAAUGUUUGCAAGGAUAGGAGCUCUUCUAGCUCCCUUUAUUAGACAAUUAGGUGAUGUAACCCAUCCAAUAGUUCCCAUGGCACUUCCCGGUGGCUUAUCUGUUAUAAGUGGCUUAUUGUUAUUACUACUUCCUAAAACAAUAGGAAAAACAUUACCUGAUACUAUAGAAGAAGGAGAAAUGUUUGCAAGAAAAGAGAAAGUUAUCAAAGGACUACCAAAGCAGCAAUACAUAAUUGUUAACAAUAGCAUUGAAAUGGAGCAACGAUAGCACGAUCAUUUUGUGUUUAUAACUGUGAUAAAACGAAACAAUCAGAUCAAGAUACAUUCUUUUAUAACGAUUUUCACCUUGCAAAAUUUCGCUUUAACUCUAACAAGGGAACGCUAUUCUAUGUUUGAAAAGAAGGAAAUUUUUUCUUACUAGUCCGUUGCUUAGCAACCAAAGUGAACAAUUUAGUAUCAGCUGGGAAAAAGAAGAUUUAGAUUAAAAUAUACUCAGUAGCCCAACAACCGAAAUAUUUUAAUAAAAAAAUCUACUUGUGAUUUUUUAUCAAAAUUUCCUCUAAACACCGAUGUGUGUUCCCUUGAAAGCAGCUAAACGUUUGUCUCUCAGAGCGGAGACGUGAGAAAUAAGGAAUGUAGUUUGGCGAUUGUAUAUGUAUGCAUGUGUAGCGAGAUUCAAUUUGAUCUCGUCAAGAAAAAAAAAUCUUAUGAAUGGUAGUCUUUGUAAAAAUUAAAGUGUUUUAUUUUUAUACAUUGUAAAAAAGGAAAAUAAAAUAAACUUUUUCGUAUGUCUUUGCUUUAUACUUAAAGUUCACAAAAAUUGAAUGCUUCUGUCAUAAUGUAGAAUGAUGAAUAGAGUGCUUUCAAACAUAAAAUAUUGUAUUGGAAUUAUUUUUUAUUAAUUUAAUCUGAUUUAUUAUUUUAUGAAAUUAUUAUUCCAUAGAUUAAUUUGCCAUGAAUAAAUGCAAGUGUUAAGGCAUUA